AUUCAUGGACAAAGCAGAGCACUUUUCAUGAAAAUACGUCGUGGUCGCUGCAGAGGGGCUUGCUGACUGAGCUUUUGGGAACAGUAAGUGAAAAGACUGUGUUACACAAGAUGGUAAUAGCUUUUUUGUGUCGAAUUGGAUAUAGAAGAACUUCUUCACUGUAUGACAGGUUCCAUUCAACUUAUGUCAAAAGAAUGAGGUACAUGUUUCAGCUAAAAGAAGAUGAUAAUGCUUGUCGGGAAGCCUAUAACUCAGGUGAUUUCUUCCUGUUUCACAACUUCUGUCCCUUCGUGCAACAAAAAGGGAAAACAUUUUGGACCCCAAAGAUAAAUACAGCAGGUAAAAUCAAAAGGCUUUUUGGGAAGUACAGAGAGAGUGAAGAGAGGAUAGAGGAUUCCAUCGUGAUCGGCUGUUCAGAGGAGUGUACGCCGUACUUUGCUCUGGAUCUAGGAUCCUUGGAGAGAUCUGCCAUUGAAUCUGAACUCAAUGGAACAUUUACCAAAUUACAGAAAGCUUUCUUCCAGUUAGAAAAGGAAGAUGCAGCUUUGAUUUCUACGGCCCAAGCACUCCUUCAUUGGCAUGAGGACAAUCAGUACUGUCGCAAAACUGGGCAGCCCACCACGAAGAACCUGGCAGGAAGCAAACGUGUUUGUCACAACAGUGGCAUCAUCUAUUACCCACAGAUGUCUCCAGUGGUUAUUACUCUGGUUUCUGAUGGGAGCCGAUGCCUUCUGAUACGGCAAGCAUCAUUUCCUAAAGGGAUGUACAGUGCUCUUUCUGGCUUCUGUGAUGUGGGUGAGUCUGUGGAAGAGACAGUCCGACGGGAAGUAGCUGAAGAAGUGGGGCUGGAAGUGGAGUCUCUGUGGUAUUCUGCUUCUCAGCACUGGCCAUUCCCAAACAGCUCCCUUAUGAUAGCUUGUCAUGCCUUGGUGCAUCCAGAACGGAGCAAGAUUAGCAUCAACAGACAGGAGCUUGAAGCUGCCAAGUGGUUUAGCCUUGAGGAGGUGGUAGAGGCCCUCGGAAGGGAACCAAAGUUGUCCAAAGGAAAAGAUGAAAGCCUUUCCUUUUGGGUGCCACCUAAGCAAGCCAUAGCUCACCAACUGCUCCAGGAAUGGGUUAAGGAGCAGGUCUCUGGGCCAGCUUAGAGAGAACCGGUCAGCCAUUUACUGUUUCAGCUGGAUGAACGUUUUGAAGCCAGAAGUUUGCUGAGACCCCGCAAAGUGCAACCAUUUGUGGAAAAGAUGACAAAGACUCCUGUGAUGCCUUAAAGCCUAACACAAAGUUGACAGUGAAGAUGAUGAAGAUCUGUGUGGGUGUCAAUGUUCAAUUUGCUGAAUUGGUUUAGCUGAUUUAAGGAUUGUUUAGUAAAAGUUACUGAGAUUAUACAGAAUACCACAGUAUCUGUUCAAUCAGUAUUCGUCAUGAAGCACUUCCUGACAGUUAGGACUACAAGGGUAGGGAAUGGGCUUUCAAGGGCGGUGGUUGAGGCCCCAUCAGUCAGGGUGUUCAAGGAUAGGCUGGACAACCACACAUUGGGGGUUACAUGAGUGGAGCUGGCUGGAGCUGAGGGCCAGACUGGAUGGCCCAGGAGGCCCCUUCUGACUUGCUUUGUUUCUGUGUUGCAACCCCCCCUCCCCCCGAUUGAGAAGACCCAUGAACAGAUGGUUGGAUUUCAAUUAUCCAAAGUGGCCAACCUGGUUUUUAGUGCUGAUUUCUAUUGUGCUUCACUGUUCAUUCAAGAUUCCCCUUGAGUCUUACAUGACCUGUGUUCAGGUUGCUAUGGUGUUUGCAUAAUUCUAACUGAAUUGUCAGAAAUACUGGCAUGCUGCAGGUUUUUAAGAAUUUAAAGGAGAGGCAGUUUUGAUACCUCAAGAGAAUUGAUAGUCAAAGUUUUACAGUUUAGGCAGAUAUGCAAACCCAACUGCACAAACUAUAGCUUGUUAGCAAUGAACAAUCCAGAAAGAGAACCUAUGAUUUGUUUUUUGAUUGAGAACUCUGGGUUAUUUAAGCCAUAUGUUGUCAUGAUGUGUGAACCACGAACUGUGUGAUGUUCCUGGGUUGUUUUGCCAGGAUACAGAAGCGGCAGGUAAAAAGUGAUAAAACAGCCACUGUUCAUGCCAGAACUGUGGCACUUUGAAAGAAUUUGGAAUACAGGGAGGGAGCAGGCAAAGGAAGAAACAAAAAUGCAUGUCAAGUGUAAUCAAGGGGAAGAAAUGCAUUUGCAGCCUCUUCUGGGCAAUAUCCAGGUUUGGUACCUGCUGCCCUUUGGGCUUCAAAUCCUCAAAGUUGCACAACUGAUCCCAAAAAGAAAGUAAUAAAAACAGUUACUUGGUACUUUUUUUUUAGCAAAAGGUUUUUUAAGUGUUGAUAACCAUGGGCAUAGCUUUGAAGAUACUGCUGAGGGAGUUUGAACAGGCUGCUGGUAGCUGUCAAAAUGGAAGUCUCUGAGGGGAAAGAGUGCGGGGGCUGGGAAGCCAUGGCAAGCAAUUAACAGCUCAUGAACAUGGCAGAGAUUGGGAUUCAGUGCUCCUGUGGUGUCUCCUGGAGCGUGAUCAUUUGUUGGAUUCAUCAUGGGUUGUUUGCAUGACAACUAGCCCACUGUGGCUAAAUACCAGGGUUUGUUAACAUGUCAUGAAAAUGUACCCAUUAUAUUCUAUCUGGCUGUACUUGAAUAUUUUGAAGGAACAGUUCAGACCUGAGUAUUUGAUCUUGCUAGUUCACGCAAAUCAUUAAGUAAUACCAGAUGGACUCUACAAGGGUACAACUUUUCUGAUGUUUAUAACCACAAAAUGGGGCAGACCAGGAAGCAUGUAAUGGGGGGAUUGGGAGACAUGCUCUUAACAUGGGAAUGGGGAGGAAUAUAUAUAUCAGCCCUGGAGCAGUGCUACAUGAAUUUUUCCCAUUGGUUUCAAUGGGAAGGAAAUUAUCAAAGGGGGAAAUAUAAAGAAUCCCAGAAAAGGGAAGGAAAACAACAAUGAAUGCUGGUUUUCUCAGUUCUACUGUGGGAUGUGUUUUCUCUGCCUCCAGAUCAGUAAGACUGCUAUAUUCAAAUUCUUUAAUCAGCAUGCAUACAUGCAUGUACAUGACACUUAAAUGGAGAUACUGUUUUAAAAAUUAAAAUUAUAAAGAAAUAUUCUGAUAGUUGAAUUACUCUACAUGAAUCAAUCAAGUGGGAGGCAUUUUACUUAGUCUUUAUAUGAUUCUGGAGCCCAGACUGGAACAGGCGUAUUUUUAGCAUUGUGCACUUUGAAUUUUUUAAAUCAGAAGUUACUGGCACUCCAGGUCUGGCAUGGAAACCCUUCCUAGCUGAAACCAUUUGGAUUUUCAAUUCCGAUGGCACAUUUUACACACAUUUCUUUACAGAAGUUAUUCUGAAGUGCACCUCUAAGAUAAGACUCUUGUGUCACAGUUGAAUCUAACAGCAAAGACAUGGCCCAGAUUUUGUUGAUUAUUCACUAGAUAUAAUUAUACAAACAUCAGUAAAGUCCAAUUUUAAAACUUCUAAGCCUACACUAUCCAACAAGUAAUAAAAGUCUACAAUAAUUCUUAUAUAAAAAGCUCCUGUGGACUAGUGUUCACCAUCUAUUUUACUUUACUUCUUUCGUGCCAGCUUGCAGUGGCAUUUAGUGCUUCAUGGAGAAACCAAUGGAAAUUACCUUUAAUAGCUUGCCCAUAGUAUUUACUACCCCAACUCCUGAGGUUUAUCAAGGUUUAAGCAAUUUAUUUAUUUAAACAGAGAUAACAAAUGGAUCAUUUUUUAAUUUCAUUUAUCUCCUACUGUUGUAAUUACUUCUUUCUUGUCCUGAUUGUUUUCUCUAUGGAACUCAAAAGAUAUGCAUUUUCUUUGCAAAAAUAUCCUAUUCCGUCUUCCCAUCUGGGCAUAUUGCCAAUAAAUGGUUUCCAUUCCUUGAA